GUGGCCUGGCCCCUUUGCCAAUCAGGAAGCGGCUAUCAUGGAGGAAGGGAAUAAAUACAAGAUGGCUGCUCAUAUAAAACCAGGCAUCGGGCUUCUCCCGGGUGAUGGGGGAAUAGAGGCUUUAACCAGCGCUUCGAGGGUUCUCGGCCACACCUCGCUGCGCUGCCGCCUCCCCGCGAGGGGAGCGGGACCGCGACUGCCGCCGGCCCGAGCCGCGCUCCGCCGGUGCCUGCGUUUGCCCCUCCGGGGCCGCGGGCGGGGUGCGCAGCCCGAGAGGCCCAGGCCAGGCGCCGGUGUCCACCCCGGGAGAGCGGCGGCGGCUCCCACCUGCUGCCCCGCCAGUCUUCUCCGGCCAGGCCCCGGCCCCCGGUCGCCAUGGCGGUCUCCAGACUUGAUCGUCUCUUUAUUUUACUGGACACUGGUACAACACCAGUAACAAGAAAAGCAGCUGCUCAACAACUUGGAGAGGUGGUGAAACUCCAUCCCCAUGAAUUAAACAAUCUGCUAUCUAAGGUGUUGGUAUACUUAAGAAGUACAAAUUGGGAUACUCGUAUUGCAGCAGGCCAGGCUGUUGAAGCCAUAGUGAAAAAUGUACCUGAAUGGAAUCCAACUCCAAGACCCAAACCAGAACCUGGGUCAGAAAGUCCUAUAGAAGAUUCAUCUGCAACUGAUCGAUUACGUUUUGAUGGAUUUGAUAUCUGUCGGCUGUUAAAACAUGGGGCAUCUCUUCUUGGAUCUGCUGGCGCAGAGUUUGAGGUCCAGGAUGAUAAAGCAGGUGAAAUUGAUCACAAAGAGAGAAUAGCACGGCAGAGAAAACUGUUACAGAAGAAACUUGGCCUUGACAUGGGUGCUGCAAUUGGAGUGAACACUGAAGACCUGUUCAAUGAUGAGGAUUUGGACUAUAUACCUACUUCAGCUUCACUUAUAAACAAACAACCUACUCUUCAGGCUGCUGAAUUGAUUGAUUCGGAAUUUCGAGCUGGUAUGAGCAGUAGACAAAAGAAUAAAGCUAAAAGAAUGGCUAAGCUAUUUGCAAAGCAAAGAUCCAGAGACGCAGUGGAAACUAAUGAGAAGAGCAAUGAUAGUACUGAUGGGGAACCAGAAGAAAAGAGAAGAAAAGUAGGAAAUGUUGUCCUCAGCCAGCCUGCCGCUGACUCGAAAGUUUUGGUAGAUAAUACAUCAGAAGAGGUAAAUGAAUGGCCUUUGGAAAGCUUUUGUGAAGAAGUAUGCAAUGAUCUUUUUAACCCAUCAUGGGAGGUUCGGCAUGGUGCAGGCACUGGACUGAGGGAAAUACUUAAAGCACAUGGGAAAAGUGGUGGUAAAAUAGGAGACAGUACGGUAGAAGAGAUGGCUCAACAACAUCAGGAGUGGUUGGAAGACUUAGUUAUUAGACUUCUUUGUGUCUUCGCAUUAGACAGGUUUGGAGACUUUGUUUCAGAUGAAGUUGUAGCACCAGUACGCGAGACCUGUGCUCAGACUUUGGGAGUGGUAUUGAAGCAUAUGAAUGAGACUGGAGUUCAUAAAACCGUGGAUGUUCUUCUGAAGUUGCUCACGCAGGAGCAGUGGGAAGUUAGACACGGUGGCCUUCUAGGAAUAAAAUAUGCUUUGGCAGUCCGUCAGGAUUUGAUAAAUAGUUUGUUGCCUAAAGUUUUGCCUGCAAUAAUUGAAGGUCUCCAAGACCUAGAUGAUGAUGUCCGAGCUGUUGCUGCAGCAUCCUUGGUACCAGUAGUAGAAAGCCUUGUUCACCUUCAGUCACAAAAGGUGCCUUUUAUUCUUAAUACAUUAUGGGAUGCUCUUCUGGAGUUGGAUGAUCUAACAGCUUCCACAAACAGUAUCAUGACACUUCUCUCCUCCCUUCUAACUUAUCCAGAAGUCCGAAAAUGCAGUAUCCAGCAGUCGCUUACAGUUUUGGUCCCACGUGUAUGGCCAUUCUUGCAUCACACCAUAUCAUCUGUUCGAAAGGCAGCAUUGGAAACUUUAUUUACACUAUUAUCCACCCAAGACCAGAGUUCUUCAACCUGGCUGACUCCAAUUCUGCAAGAUAUGUUGAGACACAUUUUUCAGUUUUGUAUUUUGGAAAGCAACCAAGAAAUUCUUGACCUUAUUCAUAAGGUGUGGCUGGAACUGUUAAACAAAGCACCAAUACAAUAUUUGGUAGCAGCUGCUUGCCCUUGGAUGGGAGCUUGGCUCUGCUUAAUGAUGCAACCUUCUCACUUACCUAUUGAUUUAAAUAUGUUGUUAGAAGUAAAAGCGAGAUCAAAGGAAAAAACAGGUGGCAAGCUACGUCAAAAUCUAACCCAGGCCAAGGAGGUGAUACAAGAGUAUAUUGCUGGUGCAGACAGUAUUACAGAAGAUCCUGUAACCAGGGAUUAUGUUGUUAUGCGAGCACGGAUGAUGGCAGCAAAAUUGUUAGGAGCACUUUGCUGUUGUAUUUGUGAGCCGAGCGUAAAUACUGUUACUCAAGAAGUAAAGCCAGCUGAAUCGCUAUCCCAGUUACUGCUUUUCCAUUUGAAUUCCAAGUCUGCCUUGCAACGGAUUAGUGUCGCUUUAGUCAUCUGUGAGUGGGCUGCCUUACAAAAGGAAUGUAAAACUAUUGUCUUUUCUGUGCACCCUCGCUUACUUGAAGUCCUCUCUGAGCACCUGUAUUAUGAUGAAAUUGCUGUUCCUUUUACCCGAAUGCAAAAUGAAUGUAAACAAUUCAUUUCAUCACUAGCUGAUGCACAUAUUGACAUUGCGAACAGAGUAAACUGCAGUGUAUUUACAAUAGAUCAAGCUAAUGAGCUGGUUACUACUGUUUUCAAUGAAGUUACAUCUCCCUUUAAUUUGAAUAGUAAAGCUUUACAACAGUUAGACAGCAAACGACAACAAGUCCAAAUGACUGUUACAGAAACAAAUCAGGAAUGGCAAGUGUUACAUUUGCGAGUCCAUACUUUCACUGCCUGUGCUGUUGUGAGCUUGCAACAAUUGCCAGAAAAACUAAAUCCUGUUAUAAAACCUUUGAUGGAAGCUGUCAAAAAAGAAGAAAAUACACUGGUACAAAACUAUGCAGCUUUAUGUAUAGCCAAGUUACUUCAACAAUGUACACCAAGAUCUCCCUGUCCCAAUUCAAAGAUUGUAAAAAACCUCUGCAGCUCACUUUGUGUGGACCCACAUCUUACACCUUUAGCAUCAUGUCCUGCACAGCCUCAAAGCAGCCAGGAAAAUUCUAAAGGACCCAACUCUGAUAGAGAUGGGAUGCAUCAUACUGUUACCAAGCACAGAGGAAUAAUAACACUAUACAGACAUCAAAAAGCUGCUUUUGCUAUCACAAGUAGGCGAGGUCCUACACCAAAGGCUCCAAAAGCCCAAAUUCCAGACCUUCCUACUGGCAGCAGUGGAAACAUCCCUACAGAACUUGAUGAGGCUCAGAAACCAUAUGUUGUGCAGAGGAGAGGAGCUGAAUUUGCCUUGUCUACUAUAGCUAAACAUUUUGGUGCUGAAAUGGCAACAGGAUUACCACAUCUCUGGGAUGCUAUGGUUGGUCCAUUAAGGAUCAAUAUUAACACAGAUAACUUUGAUCGAAAGUCAUUAUUGGAAAAAGGAGAUACUUCUGCCCAAGAGGUGGUGAAUUCCCUCCAAGUUUUUGAAACAACAGCAGCUUCCAUGGAUGUUCAGCUCCACCCUUUGUUGAUACAACAUUUGCCUCAUCUUUACAUGUGCCUUCAGCAUCCCAGUACUGCAGUGAGACACAUGGCUGCUCGUUGUGUAGGUGUCAUGAGCAAAAUAGCUACCAUGGAAACCAUGAAUAUUUUUUUAGAAAAGGUUCUUCCAUGGCUGGGAGCAAUAGAUGACAACACCAAACAAGAGGGUGCAAUUGAAGCACUUGCCUGUGUAAUGGAACAGCUAGAUGUUGGUAUUGUUCCAUAUAUUGUUCUCCUAGUGGUCCCAGUUCUGGGUAGAAUGAGUGAUCAGACGGACAGUGUACGUUUCAUGGCUACUCAGUGCUUUGCAACACUAAUUAGACUAAUGCCACUCGAGGCUGGCAUUCCAGAUCCCCCAGAUAUGUCUGAAGAAUUAAUCCGAGUGAAAGCCAAAGAACGACACUUUCUGGAACAAUUAUUGGAUGGUAAAAAACUGGAAAAUUAUAAAAUUCCAGUCCCCAUCAAAGCAGAGCUCAGAAAAUAUCAGCAGGACGGUGUGAAUUGGUUGGCAUUUCUCAAUAAGUACAAACUUCAUGGAAUUCUUUGUGAUGAUAUGGGUUUAGGGAAAACUUUGCAGUCCAUUUGCAUUCUUGCUGGAGAUCAUUGCCUCAGGGCUCAAGAAUAUGCAAGAACUAAACUAGUAGACAGUGUUCCUCUUCCAUCCUUGGUGGUAUGUCCCCCAACACUUACAGGUCACUGGGUGGAUGAAGUCGGAAAAUUUUGCUCCAGAGAAUAUCUCAAUCCUUUGCACUACACUGGACCUCCCACAGAAAGAGCAAGGUUGCAACACCAGGUGAAAAGACAUAAUCUCAUAGUGGCAUCAUAUGAUGUUGUACGAAAUGAUAUUGAUUUCUUCAGAAAUAUUAAGUUUAACUACUGUAUUCUUGAUGAAGGCCAUGUAAUAAAAAAUGGAAAAACAAAAUUGUCAAAAGCAGUAAAGCAGUUAACAGCCAAUUACAGGAUAAUUCUUUCUGGGACACCAAUUCAGAACAACGUCUUAGAGUUGUGGUCAUUGUUUGACUUCCUUAUGCCAGGAUUUUUGGGUACCGAACGCCAGUUUGCAGCUCGUUAUGGCAAACCAAUAUUGGCAAGUAGAGAUGCUCGGAGCUCCAGUCGCGAACAAGAGGCAGGAGUUCUUGCAAUGGAAGCACUACACCGUCAAGUUCUUCCAUUUCUGUUGAGGAGAAUGAAAGAAGAUGUGCUACAGGAUCUUCCACCCAAAAUAAUUCAGGAUUAUUACUGUACUCUUAGUCCUUUACAGGUUCAGCUUUAUGAAGAUUUUGCCAAGUCUCGUGCCAAAUGUGAUAUUGAUGAAACUGUUUCAUCAAUUUCACUGACAGAAGAAACUGAAAAGCCAAAGCUUAAAGCUACAGGGCAUGUGUUUCAGGCACUGCAGUAUUUGCGGAAACUGUGCAACCAUCCAGCAUUAGUGUUAACAACCCAGCAUCCAGAAUACAAGAGAAUCACAGAGCAGCUUGCAGCUCUUAACACAUCUCUUCGAGAUAUUCAGCAUGCACCUAAACUGUCUGCUUUAAAACAACUUUUACUAGACUGUGGUUUAGGAAAUGGUGGAUCUUCAGAGAGUGGCACAGAAGCUGUUGUGGCCCAGCACAGAAUACUUAUCUUUUGUCAGCUCAAGAGCAUGCUGGAUAUAGUAGAACAUGACCUUCUCAAACCUCACUUACCCUCCGUUACAUAUUUGCGACUGGAUGGCAGCAUACCUGCUGGUCAGAGGCAUUCCAUUGUUUCACGAUUUAAUAAUGACCCAUCCAUAGAUGUUCUUUUGCUUACCACUCAUGUUGGUGGACUGGGACUUAACUUAACAGGAGCUGAUACAGUAGUGUUUGUGGAACAUGACUGGAACCCAAUGAGAGAUCUCCAAGCAAUGGAUCGAGCACAUCGUAUUGGGCAGAAACGUGUUGUUAAUGUAUAUCGCCUUAUAACAAGAGGAACUUUAGAAGAGAAAAUUAUGGGUCUGCAGAAGUUCAAAAUGAAUAUUGCAAACACUGUGAUUAGCCAAGAGAAUGCUAGCCUACAAAGCAUGGGAACGGAUCAGCUUCUUGACCUAUUCACUCUUGACAAGGAUGGGAAACCUGAAAAAGCAGACACUUCAUCAUCGUCUGGGAAGGCGUCCAUGAAAUCAGUUCUUGAAAAUCUUGGAGAACUUUGGGAUCAGGAACAGUAUGACUCUGAAUACAGUCUAGAAAAUUUUAUGCAUUCACUGAAGUAACCAUUAUAGUUUCAAUAUAACUGCUGCUAGUUCACGUUUUCCUGCUGAUAUUCAGCAAAUUUCAAAGCAUAUAUAGUGAACCUUGAGCUCAAUGUGUAAAUAGGCAUUGAAAAAAGAAUCUUCAAAUCACAGGUACUGAGUUGUGGCCUGUUUCACUGGGGGAGUUAUUCGGUCUUAAAUAUUUGCACUGUAUAAAACUUUAAAUAUCAGCAUUUGUGAGGUGGUUUGAAUUUUACAUGCAAAGCAGAAGCAAAUUCUUAUUUGGAAGAGGAAUAAAGUAUAGCAGGUUUUACAUAUACUAACAAGUGUUACUUCUGUUUGAAUAAGUCCACCAUUGUCCCUUUCUGUAUCUAUAGUAGUUUUGUACAGAUAUGUUUCAGUAAGUACUUCAGGUUGUUCAGUGUAUAUUUUUUUCUUUUAAACACAACUUGCUUUUAUGACGUAUUAAAAAUAAGAUUUUUCAACUUUAACAAGUUAUGAUCUUUCAUUUAGAUCAUUUUAGGAUGUACAUCACGUAAUGGCAAAACUAGAAAUAUGGAAGAGUAUUGGGGAACUAGAUAUAUGUACCCACCUUUGUAUAUUAAAUAUAAAUAUAUAAUGCUGCUCAAUCUUUUGACAUCUUUGACCGCUUUGAGAGCAGUUGAAUUCUACUUUUUAAUGUAAUGAACUAUACUAAAUACAGGUAAUGGUCUGUUAAAGGCUAUGUUUGCAUCCUAUUCAGAGGGUGUACUUUUUUAAUUUAUCUAUAAGGCUAGAAUAUAGCCACAUUCAGAGACAUGUAUUCAGUAGGUUUCAAUCCUAUAUAUUUUUUGUAACUAAAAGAGCAAUUAGAUAUACAAGCAGAAGUUUUCCAGAAGUAGAUUUUACACUGUUUAGGAUUCUAAAAUCUAUGCUGAAAAGACUGUUUACCAAACUAGUUCAUAAAUUAGAAACUCCUAAAGAAACAGGAGAGGGGAAAAUAUUUUCUUUAGGAAUAUAUACAUACAUAUCUACAUAGAAAUACGUACACUCAAAUUGAGGGAAAGGAGCAUUUGAGCUGAAAUCAUGUAUUGGAGAUUCUAAGGGGUGUUUUAGUAGCUGGGAGUGAGGAUACAGCAGCUGUAUGCAAAACAGCUUUUUAUACAAAGGGAGUCAAUAGUAAAGGUGGUGUGUUUCUAGAUGUGCAUGUAUGUAUCAGUAUAUGUACACAAUUUUAUAAAUAUAUUAAAUUAUAGAUAAACUUAUGCAGGCUGUUUUGAAUAGGAUAUAUGUAUAGAUAUCUAAGGUUUUAGCUUGCUGUGCACUUAAGCAUCAGAGCUUGAAAAACCAUCAGACCUCAGCUAUGUAAAAAAAAAAAAAAAAAAAAAAAAAAAGUUUUAAAACAAAUACAAAAAUUCUCUUAUCCUAUAAAUCAAGUCUGUUCUAAAGCAUUUGGAAACUAAUGAACAUUUGUCACAUUUCAGUAGAACUGCCAUGUUGUAACAUUAAAUUAGCAUUCCAUGAAAAUAAUAAUAAAAACAAACUGGGAAUACGUUA